AUGGCUUCCGAUACCUCCCAGUAUAAGCUUAACCACACUAUGAUCCGGGUCAAGGAUCCGAAGAAAUCUCUGGAAUUCUACAAGUUCCUCGGACUUAGCCAGAUCCAGUACAUGGAUUUCCCCGAAGCCAAGUUCUCCCUCUACUUCCUCGGCUACAACGGCGCCAACUCUUUGCAGGGUGGUGACCGACACUUCACGGACCGACAGGCCCAACUGGAACUCACCCACAACUACGGCACGGAGAACGACCCCAACUACAGCGUGGUGAACGGAAACACGGAACCCCACCGCGGUUUCGGGCACAUCGCCAUCUCCGUGGACAACAUCGAGUCGGCCUGCAAGAGAAUCGAGGAUGCCGGGUACCCAUUCCAGAAGAAGCUGACCGAGGGUCGGAUGCGAAACAUUGCUUUCGCUAAGGAUCCCGAUGGAUACUGGGUCGAGCUCAUCCGUCGCCACGACGAGGAUGUCGGCACUACCACCGACCCCGGCAACUACCGAUUCAACCACACCAUGCUCCGAGUCAAGUCCGCCGAGAGCAGUCUGAAGUUCUACCAGGAGGUCAUGGGCAUGACUCUGCUGCGGACUUCCGAGAACAAGGAGGCCGGCUUCAACCUGUACUUCUUGGGAUACCCCAAGCCCAACCCGCAGGUGCAGGAGAACGCCAAGAACCCGGUGGCCGAGUGGGAAGGUCUGCUCGAGUUGACCUGGAACUAUGGCACCGAGAACCAGGAGGGCCAGGUCUACCACAACGGUAACACCGAGCCCCAGGGAUUCGGACACAUCUGCGUGUCUGUCGACGAUCUCAACGCCGCCUGUGACCGGUUCGAGUCGCUGAACGUCAACUGGAAGAAGCGUUUGACAGACGGCCGCAUGAGAAAUGUGGCCUUCGUGCUGGAUCCCGACAACUACUGGGUUGAGGUGGUGCAGAACGAGGCGCUCAAGCGCACCAGCAACUGCUGGACGCUGCUGUGCCAUGCCAACUCCCUCCGUCUUUACACUGCAUACGAUUAUGUCGAUUGUGCGCUCUCUCGAUGUCGGUUGACCACGUAUCAAUUUUCGCUUUCGCUCCGUGAAUCCACUUUCACCGUCCAUCUUUCGCAACCUUCUCUUCUCUCUCACGGUCGGGGCGAAAUUUCACCAUUCCCCGCGGUCGCAGCUCUCCAGUCGUCCAAAUCAUGGAGUCAGACUCCAAGCCCAAAAGGGCUCCGCGUAAGCAUGUCACUACCGCUUGCGUUCCGUGUCGUGAGAUGCGACGGAGCGACUCCCCAUUGCCAUAACUGCGAGCGAAAAGGCAAGGAAUGCAAAUACCAACAUGGGGAUGACAAACGGAAAGUGUCACUGCGAGCGGCGACAGAGCUUUUUUCCGCCCGAAUCGACCAACUAUGUCAGUUUAUAUAUGACCACGGGCUAGAACCGCCUCCGAUGAACCCCGAGGAUGAGUCGGGUAUCAACCGAGUAUUGGAUACGCUUCAGAUUCCUCGAGGGUUGGCAAAACGCACGGAUUCUCAGAAUGCGCGCUCGCAAUCGGUCGUUACGCCGUCGCCGGCUCAAGAUACACCCGGGCCGUCUACGUUCGAUAGAAGGCUAGACUCGAUUGACAGCCUGGCAGGGAUUCCCUCCCCGGCGCAAAACGCAUUUCCUUCUGCGCAAACAAUUCUUUCCGCGGCCGAGAAAAUUCCGGAGACGAUAAACCCGCUCGCAGCCAAUUCUGGCUUGUCGAGCCACUAUCCGCCACCCAGUUGGGGGUUCACUCUACCCACAGCGGAGAGCCUCGACACUAUUUAUGCGAAUAUCAAUGGUGCGCCGAGUGGUUCGCAUGAGAACAGUCUCAGUCCCGACAGCUUCCAUUUGUCCCAGGAUAUGCAACAGCAACCGGGUGUGCUGCUGGGACAGACGUGGAACAACAGGGAUUAUGACUCGGACAGCGGGGAAGAAGACGAGGCCGAGAAGGAUGUUAUCGAGCAGAUCUCGAAUCGGAUCGGAACGUUGAAAAUUGCCGGGGAUGGCCAUUUGCGCUUCUACGGGGCCACCUCGAACUUGAAUUUGGUAGAUGUCUCGGCGACGCAGCAGCGUCAACGUCCGGACGCGCGCACUGUCCGUCACGACGGGCAGGACAUUUUGAACCACCUGCGCGUUGGACAGUCGGUGGAUCAAGCACUUGAGGAUCAUCUCGUGGAGCUGUAUUUUACAUGGCAGAACCCGAGCACUUAUGUCGUGGAUAAGGAGAUGUAUAUGAUUGCCAGGUCCAAGUGGCGGAACGAGCUUGAUGAUACGCCGUUCUACUCAGAGGUUCUUACCAAUGCAAUGUGCGCUAUUGGUAGUGCCUUCGAGGCGCGGUAUCACCCGACCUUUAUCACAUUUCCCAAGUCCCUAUCCGAAUUUUUUGCAGAUAGAGCUAAGGCUCUGCUUGAAAUUGAGCUGGACUCGCCGUGUGUCGCCACAGUACAAGCACUCGUCAUUUUAAGCUGUCAUGAAGGAUCAUCAAAUCGCGAUGCGCGCGGUUGGUUGUAUAGCGGAAUGUCCAUGAGGCUUGCCUUCGACCUUGGAUUGCACAUUGACAUGACGCCGUACGUCGAAAAGAGAGAAAUCAGCGCUUUUGAAGCCGAUGUACGGCGAAUAGCGUUCUGGGGGAGCUACACAGCAGAUCACUUCUGGGGCUUCUACCUAGGCCGACCGUUCCGGAUGAAUGCGGGAGAUAUCACCGUUCCGAAGCCUGCGUCGGGCCUGGGGAUAGGGAAAGAAAGCACCUGGUAUCCAUACGGACUACCUGGGGAUCUAGAACCUUCGAAGAAUGGGGUUAGGAACCCCAACGAACUUGUGAGCAGACAAUUCGCUAUUCUAUGGGAGAUAAUAUCUCCUGUUGGUCACAUUCUAUAUGGCUGUUCCGAUAUUGGUCGACACGACCUGCAAAGGUUAUGCCAUACGGUGACCGAUGACCUAUUCGCCUGGAAGGCCAACUUGCCUUCGACACUGGACAUCGACAUGGAUAAUGACACGACUCCAAAACUGCCCCAUCUUCUCAUGCUACAUAUGCAAUAUCAUCAAAUUGUCAUCUUCACUCAUCGGCCGUGGGUGUCGAAAAGUUACAUUCAGCCACGCAGUCCGCGCCAGGGACCUGGCUAUCAUCACGCUCGAAGAAUGUGCGUCGAGUCCGCCACCGCCAUCGCACGACUUCUUCAUCUCUAUGAAAAACACUACACCUUCCGUCGUAUGAACAACCAAGUUGUGGCCAUGAUCUUCAGUGCAGCUCUGAUGCUCCUCUACGUGACCAUCUCCAACUCGACGCCGUCAAGCCGAAGCAAUGGCGACAGUAGUAGCAGCAAUACAGGAAUGGUCGCAUAUCUCAACCUUUGCUUCCGGGCCCUAGACGAACUGGGCCAGUCCUUCGAGAACGCCAAACGCACGCGCGACUUCCUUGUCAGCCUUCAACGAAGAUGGCAAGCUCACAUGCGCCGUUCCGGUGCCAAGCGACAAGUCAGCCGGCGACCAUCGGCGCAGCAGCUGGCAGGCAGCAACUCAGAAGCGAAUACUUCCCGAAAGAAGAGCCGGAUUUCUGCACCAAGAGGGCAUGCCUCAUACCCAUUCCCGAUGCCAGUGAACUCACUACAGGCUCCUGGUCCACUACCGAACCAAGCCGAUCCACUUCGCGCUGCAGCACCGCUGGAUCCCAGCCGGCAGCUGGGUACUUGCCAACCGGGCGAAUUCGACUGGAUCCGCAAUUCCGAUCUGCAGCUACUCUCGGGCGCACUGGAAGAUCCCGGACUCGGUCAAUUGGGAGGCGCCAAUGCGUAUGGCGAUGACCCUGCAAUGCCCAGUCUAUCGGAUAUCGAGCCUUGGUGGGAUUCUCCACCCGGGAACGGGCUUGGAGGUGGUUCUUUAUAA